AAGACAUUUCACUUGUACAGGAACCAGGGGGACAUCAGCGACAGUGAAAACGAGAGCGUCAAGGACAAGCAAGAGGAUCAGCCCGAAAGACGUAUGGCAGUGAUCGAUAUCAUGCUCGACAAGCACUUCAAAGACCCGAGCUACACUAUGCAAGAGAUACGCAAAGACAUGGACUUGCUGCUGUUCGCGGGUCACGACACUACCUCUAUUGCUAUGGGAUGGACAUUGUACCUCUUGGGACUUCAUCCCGAAAUCCAGAGGAAAGUACAGGAAGAAUUGGACGCCAUAUUUAUAGACGACAUCAAUCGAGACGUGACGAGAGAUGACAUAGAGCGUAUGGAGUUCCUCGAAGCAUGCUUCAAGGAAGCCAUGCGUCUUUUUCCUCCAAUACCAUUCAUUGGAAGGGUCCUCGAUGAAAGUAUUAAGCUGGAUGGCAUUACGAUUCCUAAAGGUACCACAGUGUUCAUAAACAUAUUUGGUCUACACAGAAACAGCAAUCACUUCGAAAAGCCCGAAGAAUUCAUACCUGCCAGGUUUUUAGAUGGAGCUGACAAGAAGCGGCACCCUUUCGCAUACAUACCAUUUUCAGCUGGUGCGAAAAAUUGCAUAGGUCAGCGCUUCGCGUAUCGCCAGGGCAAAGUCGUCUUGGCCAAGGUGCUUUUGCGGUACACCUUCAAGGCCAGCUGGCCUCUGGACAGGCUUAAACUGAGUACAGAAAUGGUAACCAAGGUCAAGGGAGGACUCCGCGUCUGGGUGCGUCACAGGAAGCCCGGCCAGUACGCAUGAACCUUCAAACACUUUGUAAACUGACAGGUGUGAUCAAUUUAACGCUCCUGUGACUGCCACUAUUUGUGCGCGACCACGUGAACCAUGACGAGAGGCCGCGCUUCAAGAGUGCUUUGCCGGCAUGCGAAGUCUUGGACGGAGACCGAGACAACUGCUUUGCGAGCGAAAACGCAGCUGAGCGGAACAAUGGCCAGGGAACUAUAAGCGUGUCUCUUAGAUACAAAAAAGGUAGUUUCACUGAACACAGUUUUCACGCAGAAUGCUAGCGUAUUUGGCGACGCCAUUGCGACUACAAGACGGGCAACAUUCGUCGGCGUAAUCAGAUAAUUAGCAUUAUUAAGCCUUGUUUAGUGUUGUGUCUGAAGAACUUUAAUACAAAAAAUCAAGGCCAACCUAAG